GAAACCAGCAAUAACAUGUUUUAUUUGAGAGCUCUGCCGAAGCCCAAAGGUGAAAUUUGGUAUUACAGGAAAGCUAUAGGAUGGGAAACAUUGAGUAAUGUAGUGAAAAAGAUCAUGGAAAAAGCUGGUUUUGAAGGGCAUUAUACAAGUCACUCUCUCAGGCGUAGUAGUGCUACCAGAUUGUAUGAUGCUGGAAUACUUGAACAAGUUAUUCAGGAGAUGACUGGUCAUCGAUCUUCUGAUAGUGUUAAGGCAUAUAAAUGUACAAGUUCAUCACUUAAAAGAAAAGCCAGUGAAGUAUUACAAGGCACUUUACCAAUGCCUAACCCUGAC